AUGUCGAUAGCUCCUAUCAUUACCUUCAAAGCAGGUAUCUGCGACCUGGAUACCUCCACCUCUCCUCCCUCCGUCAAGGCGAAGCCUGACUCGGGUUAUGUCUACCUUUACUCCGAAGAUGAUCUUGUCCACUUUUGUUGGCGCUCACGCGGUGCUUCCCUGGAUGAACCCGAGCUCGAUCUAGUGAUGAUCCCCUCAGAUGGAAGCUUCACUCCGUACAAGCCUUCUGGCAAGGACGCUACGAACGGUCGCAUCUUUGUCCUGAAGUUCUCCUCUAGCUCCCAGCGAUACCUUUUCUGGAUGCAGUCCCAGGGCCAACACGCCAAUCGUGAUCCAAGCUGGUUCAGCCCCCGCGACUUGAAGCUCGGCGAGAUUGUCGAUGUUCUGCUGCAGGGUGAGGAAGUUGAUAUUGAGCACGAGAUUGCCAACCUUCCCCUCCGACCUCCCCACGAUGACGACGAUGACGAGACAAUGGAGGAUGUGGAAGGUAUCGACCAUAACCCAGGUCGUCACCCUAGCACAGGCAGUGGUGGUGCUGGCCCCGAUGCGACAGGCGGCGACGUCCGCGAAGAAGGACAGGAAUCUCGAGAGGGUGGUGCUGAUGGUGGACGAGCAGCAACUACGGGUGAAGACCCAGCGUCGGUAGUCCAGGACUUCCUAAAGUCCCUGGGCGGCGGCCAACGCGAGAGCCAACCCCAAGAUCCCGAACAACCAUCUACGACACUCCAAGACCUACUUACCCCUGCGACCACAUUGCCAUUCAUUGAUUCUGCGGAUACCACGACUGCCGAUCACCUUCUGAGCUUCUUACCCCCCGCGCUGCUACUGCUGGCCCAGGGCAAUGCCGAGGCCUCGGAAGCUGACACAGACCCUGAACUUGCCCAAGCUGCUCUUCUAUCCCUCGACCUAUCCCAAAAAAAGGAUAUCCUCCGAAAAGUGCUUCGUUCCCCCCAGUUCAUGCAAAGCUUGGCCAGUCUUACCGUGGCCCUCCGUGACGGUGGUCUACCCAGUAUUAGUGAGGCCUUGCAGAUCCCGGUGGCUAAUGGAGGGUUUAUGCGGAGAGGUGGAGUCCCCCUUGGGGGUGGCCAGGCAGUAGACGCUUUCCUAGAAGGAAUUAGGGAACAUGUUAAUCACUAA